AAAAACAAAACCAAAUCAAACUCGGAAAUAAAUUCAUAAGAAAUUCCUAAAAAAUCGACAAUAAAACUACAGAAAAAUGUCAGAUUGGCCAAAAACUCCGAGGCCUGGCAGUUCCGCACGGAAAAAAUGGAAUCUCGAAGAUCGCGACGCCGUUCAGAACCAAAUAAAGUAUCGCUUCGCCGAGGAAGGACAUGUCGAGAUGCAGUUCUCGCUCGCACAAAAUUUGCUCAAUGACGGCAACGAGGCGUCUUCCGACCCAGAAUCCGAUGAAAAUCACGCGCAAGCCAUUAAUUGGUUGAUCCGCGCUGCAAGUCAAGGUCACGAUGAGGCUUAUAACCUGCUGGCGAGUUGCUAUCGUGAGGGCAAAGGGAUUAAUGAGAAUAAUGAAACAGCAGUUUGUGACUGCCUGAACAUGAGUCAAGGCGAACGAAGUGCCCGUCGCGCCGCAAAAGAGGUUUUUCAGUACUUGUCGAACGGCGAGGAGGGCAUCACAGUGCGACAACUCGAGAAAAAGUUGCGUGAAAUUUACAAAUUGGACAAACGGAGACCUUCCAGGUACGACAUUGGCAAGAACGGAUAUUCGCCAGCUUCGAUAGCAGGCACGCCAAAUGGAGAUCGUCAUGUUUCGCCGCGAAAUUCGAGUGGAAAUGGGUCCGGAGCGUCGCCAGGAGGUCCUUCGACGAGCAGAGAGGGAAAUAUCACGGAAGCGAAUUUAGUUUCGGAAGCCAUUCAUUACGCGCACGGGCAUUUGCCGUUCGAACAUCAACAAAUUGUGAUUUCGGUGCCGCCGCCGCACUCAUUGGACCAUAUUCCGUGCUUCCAUAGGCCAUUUUUCAAUCCCAUCAUGUUUUUCCUGCUGCUUUACCAUCGAUUUGUGGCGAUUUUGUCGACUUUGCCUGGCUCCAUUUACUCCAACAUGCAACUUAUCGUCGCUCUAGUCGUUUAUUGUCUCUACACGAUGGACAGUCUCACGCGACACAUUCCCCUCGCCAUCUACUACGUCACAUUUUUCCUCAUGACAGUCACUACCUUCAAGAUGCUCAAGACCAAACACGAAUUUGUCGACUUUCGGUUGUGGUCCGGGCUCUUCUUGCGUUACGGCGAUCAGCAUGUCGAUGCCGAAGAGAGCGAAAAUCGCUUUUUACGCAACAACAUGUCGCCAUAUCUCGUUUUUUUCGUCGCUUUUGUCGUAAAUUUGGUCACGUAUCCCUUCAUUGCCGACCAAUGGCUGCCAAAUAGCGAGCUGACUGUCAUUUCCUUCAUCAUCAUGUGCAUCACGUUGCUCGCCUUCAUGUACACUUCCUCCGAUGUCCAUCCCGAUUACCCGAUUUUGUUUUCGUUUGGCUUGAAUGUCCUCGCAAAGUACCCCUACGAGAUGGAUAACGUCGUGACGACGGGAUGGCGCUUCCUGGAUCUCAAAGUUCCCGCUUUUACGACUUUUGUGAUCGGAAAUGGGAUCGAAUUUUGCAUCAAUUGUCGGGCGUUGCUGUAUUUGACGAUUCCGGCGGUGUUGCUUUAUUUGGCGGGACGUGAUGGAUGGCGCGGAACGUGUCGUUAUCUGAUUCCGCAUUGCGUGACGCUGAGUUGGUUGCAAAUUUGCAUCGUAACGUCGCAGUCAGCAACGAUGUUUGGUUUGGUAAGAGCGGCGUUGGGGCUUUCGGGGAUGUUGUUGUUCUUGCCGCUGUUUGGGAUUGCGACGUUGCUGAUUCCGGUGUUUGCGGCGAUUGAGUGGUUGUCGUUGACGGAUCCGACAAUUAGGCUUAUGUCGUCGGUGAUUGCUGCCCUCCUCGCUGUCGGCGGAUCAUGUUUCAUGGCAAGCUCUCACGGCACCCAGCGAUAUGUCACUUUUUUCCAAAUCAUCUUGUGCAUCGCAGCAACAGUUUUUCUCACUUUUCCCUACAUGACGAACGAUUUCGAGUCGCAUCCAAAGGCUUCGAAGCUUUUCGACGCGCACGAACCUCAGCUGCUGAUCGACGAUUUGCCGCCAACUACCCUCACGUGGGACCAAUUCUACAAAUAUUGCGACAAACCGGCUUGGGAAAAGUCAAAUAAAGUCCAAACGCAGCUGCGAUGCUCGCAUAUCGACGGAACCAUCGUUCAUUGGGAAGGCACGGUCUCCGAUGUCGAAAUUACAAAAGUCACGAACUUUCGAGCGGAUUUAAUCAAGUCAUGGCUCCCGGAUUUUUUCGGAAAUAGCAUCGCGUGUUUUUAUGGCGAGGAAAAUCGAGAUGAAUGUCAAGCGGGCGAGGAUUGCGAUGAAAUCAAAAAACUUCUUGAUGAGGAACGUCGCUGUAAUUUGGAUAAAUGGAACACGUACGAAUACGGCAUUUCCAUGCACAUGUCGUCGGGUCUCUUGAAAAAACCAGUCGAAGUCCCUGUCAGAGCCUCCCACACUUUUGGAAAUUUCACGCAACGCCUGCACAACAUGGAUCGCGUUUGGUUCCGUGGCACCCUCAAAACAGCUCUCUCCGAUCUCAGUGACGACCACAAACGAUUCGCCGUCGAAUUGACCUCCAUCGGGUGCAUUCAGUGCGACGACAAGAAACUCGAUGCCGUAAUUUUGCCCGAAGGACUGAAAAUUAGUGCACGCUUGCGGGAUUUGAGUCGCGGCGUCAAAUAUUUGCUAAAUGUGCUGUUCAAUCCGUUAGUUACCUUCAAAUAAUUCAGUGUCAAGUCAACAAAUUUUAGGAUUUAAUUGAGCUUCCUACGUAGUUGUGUAAGAGAAAAAUCCUUCUUCACGUAAAAAAAAAUCGCAUUUAACAAUGUCGUCACUUUAAGUAUUACUCUCGAAUAACAAACUUCUAUUUUUUAGGGAUUUAACUAACUAAAUGAACAAAAAAUGUCAGACUGUACUUAAAAAAAAAGAAAUUUUAUCUGUAUAUUUUUAUGAGAAUGUGUUUUGGUUUUCGCGCUCAGAAGGCUAGACCUUUGCCUUAGUUUUAAAUUUGCAAAUGUAUAUUUUUAAGAGAUAGUUUAAUUGUAUAUCAGAGAGAUUGUAUUUUAAAUAAAAAAUU